GUGGCGCUCUGUCCUGCUGGGGGGGGGGGGGGGGGGUUCCCAGUCUGGUCAGUCUGGUCCUGCUGAGCUCCAGAAAGUGGAUUAGAGCAGACCCCCAACAAUCCUGUUCAAUCCUGUUUAAUCUCAUUACACUGAACUGAGGGGGGGUUGGGGUCGAGGUAUGUAGGUCGACCAAUCAGCUGCCAGCUUCAGUUUCAUUAAAGGAGCAGUCACUCACUCCUGGUUGUUUUAAAUCAUUAAAGUCCUUUAAAAUCUCCUUAAAUCAUCUUUAAUGUCCCUGAAAACACCUUUACUCUGAAAAACCCUUAAACAGCUCUUAUUGUGAAAAGGCCUGAAUGAACACGUGGUCUGGACAAAUGGAAACAUUAAAUCAGAGCAGCAGUUGUAACAGGAAGUUAUGUCACAAGUCAGAAUCAAUGAUGACAGCUGAUUGAUCCUGUGAUUAUUGGGAUUAUGAUCAGAAACGGUGACAACGACUGAAAAGCUGCUUUAACUUUUCAGUCCUGAUGGAGAGAGAGAGGAGAGAGAGAGGGAGAGAGAGAGGGAGAGGGGGGGGGUGAUUAUGUCAGAAGAGCAGGUGAUGAUGUCACCCUGGGUGGUAGAGGUGGGGGUGGGGCUUCUCUCAGGUGAACAGUUCCAGGUGAGGGCGGAGCUUUCAAACGGCAGCUUCCUGCAGCUGAACAGGUCUGAUGAAGACGUGGGUCAGAUGAUGAAGAGGCUGGUUGACGGUUUCCCUGACGACCGAGAGACGCUGUCCUGCAAACUGCUCUCAGAGAUCAUGAGGUCUAAUGGUUUCUGUCUGGCGAACACUGAGACCAUCCUGUUUGACCUGACUCCGCCCACACAGGGUGUCACCCAAUCAGAUCACUCCACGAGCAGACGGGGGAGUGCUGUUCCUGCCGCUCUGUCAUCCGUCCAUCUCUCCUCAUCUUCUUCGUGGUUUCACAGGGAUGAUGGGCAGGAUAAUGAAGAGGCGGAGCUUGAAACGCAGAACGGUCCAGCCCCCCUCCCCACACCUUCUGCCUGACAUCUCACCUGCUGCUCACCUGGACGCAGGAGACCGACACCCUGGACGAGCUGUGAAUAAAAACACAAACUUCAGAGUUCAAUGACAUCAGGAAGCUUGUUGUCACAGUGAUGUUCCUCUCACCUUUCUGCUGAUCGAUCAAUUGACAGAUGGAUCGAUGGGAUGGAAAGCUCUGAUGGACUCCUGGUGCAUUGUGGGAGGAAAAAGCAGCUGUCUGUGUGAUUGAGGCCACAGUCGAUAUCUGCUGCUCCACAUUCCAACAGUGAGGAAGACUACAACUGUUAGCCUAGCUUAGCACAAAGACUGGAAGCAGGGGGAAACCGUUAGCCUAGCUUAGCACAAAGACUGGAAGCAGGGAGAAACUGUUAGCCUAGCUGUCUGACCUACAUGUUGAAUGUUGGUAAUUUAUGUCGUAUUUUUGUUUAAAAAAAAAAAAAAAAACUUCCACAGGAAAUCAGCUGUUUUAAGUCGUCACCUUAUGAACAUUGAGUCUGAUUUAUUAAAUGGUCUAAACCAUGAGUUAUACCUCAGUUUUACUGGACCAUCGUGGCAACAUUUUCUGCUUAGAAAAGGUUUUAUCCAUCUGCAGAAAUUCUGCAGCCUGUUCUGUCCAUUUAAUCUGUGAAAAAUCUGUAUUUUUCUUUUAAAUGCUGCAGAAUUCUUACUGACUGCAAACAACACAGAAGAACAAACUUGACAUUGUACAUGUUCAGAUGACCUGUUGAGCUUUGACUAAAAGACCCUGGAGGUUACAAUAGAAAGUCUCUAUUUUCUCUGUUUAUACUUCUGCAUGAGUUUUUUUUAUGUUAGGUUGUCGUUAGAAACCACAUGACCAGUAAAACAAAGGUUGACCCUGUUUUCACCAAAGUUCAACAGAGUUAAAAGCUUGUUAACCUCAGAGUGUUAAUGAUGAUCCAUAUUAAACUGGAACAAUCAGGUCACAUCUGGUCCAGAUGUUGAUUUAUUCUCUAAGCACAGAGAGUUAAUGGAUCAGCCUGAGGUCAAAUCAAUGAUCCUCCGUCAUCCAUUGGUCUGAUGAUCAGGACUUAAAGAGCUGCAGAAGGACCGAUGAGUGCACAGAGAGACAACUAACAGAACAGCAACAGGUGAAACCAGCCAGCAUCCAGCCAGAACCAUUUGACUUCCCACCGUUGUCCAGCUGACAUUUAGCCGACAGUCAUCUGACCUCCAGCUAACAUCCAACUAGUGAUGGGUCAGCGCCAUCCGACCGGACCAUCCUCGCUCUGCUCUGUGGGAGAAAACUGCUCCUCCCUCCUGACCAACCACCAUCACCAAGUCAAGACAUCGAAGCUGCUCUAUCUGCCUGGCCAUGUCCCCACACAGCCUACUCACCUGCAGCCUCACCUGUUCCCCACAGUGGACGUCCCUGACCAUGCUCACUACAUUAUCGGCUCUGUUAUCCUGUUGGUGGGGGUGACAGGCAUGCUGGGAAAUGCUCUGGUCAUCUACGUGUUUUGCCGUAGUCGGACGCUACGGUCGCCCAGUAACCUGCUGGUGGUCAACCUGGCAGCCGCCGACUUCCUCAUGUCUCUGACGCAGUCUCCAGUUUUCUUUGUGGCCAGUCUGCACCGUCGCUGGGUGUUCGGGGAGGUCGCCUGCGAGCUGUACGCCUUCUGCGGCGCUCUGUUCGGCAUCACCUCCAUGAUGACGCUGACGGCCAUUGCAGUGGACCGCUGCCUCGCCAUCACACGGCCGCUGGCCCUGUUGGGAGGGGUGAGUCGUCAGCGGGUGUUGGCAGUGCUGGCGGGGGUGUGGUUUUACUCUCUGGGCUGGAGUCUGCCGCCAUUCUUCGGGUGGAGUGCCUAUGUCCCCGAGGGCCUGCAGACGUCUUGCAGCUGGGACUACAUGAGCUUCACAGCCACUGUGCGUACCUACACCAUCCUGCUGUUUGCCUUCGUCUUCUUCGUCCCGCUUGCCCUCAUUGCCGGCUGUUACUUUGCCAUCUUCCGGGCGGUGCGGAGGGCGGGGCAGGAGGUGGAGCAGCUGAGCUGUGGAGAGACCAACAAGGCGUACGAGCGUCUGCGCAGCGAGUGGCGGUUGGCUAAAGUGGCUUUGGGAGUGAUCCUGCUGUUCAUCGUGUCCUGGUCUCCAUACUCUGCCGUCGCUCUGACCGCCACCGCUGGCUACGCUCACCUGCUGACUCCGUACAUGAACUCAGUCCCUGCCAUCAUUGCCAAGGCCUCCGCCAUCCACAACCCCAUCAUCUACGCCAUCACCCACCCGAAGUACCGCGCUGCCAUUGGCCGCCACAUCCCGCUGCUGCGCACUGUGCUGCGGCUGCAGGAGAAGGACCUGCGCUCGUCUUUCAGCUCCAGUGGUGCUUCGUCUCGCCGAGCCACACUCACCAGUCAGAGCUCGCCGGGAGGUCGGCUUGGCCCUGGCGUCCGGACCAAUGGCCGUUGGGGGAAGAGCAGUCUGUCCUCAGCGUCUGACAGCGAGUCCUGCUGGACGGAGAGCGAAGCCGACGGAUCCAGUACCGGGUCAACAGCCCUCAACCGACAGGUGUUCACAGAUGUUACCGCCGACACUAAGACGACGAGCUCCGCCCUGCUCAGCCAGAACAGGCGACACACAGCCGACACCACGUCACCUGCAGCUCCUGAUGCUGAGUCACCUGAUGGGGGCGCUGUCACAGAGGGUAAACCUCUGCUGCUUCCUCUGUGACACCUGGACAAUAAACUGAAGAUGAACAAAACAAACUUCGCAGGUUUUGAUUGGACACAUCACUUCAGGGGGCGGGGCCAGACUUUAACAGAGGUGACAUCAGUGUUUUGCUCACUGUUGUCAUUGCAGAAAAAGCUAAUUUCUAUGAAUUUUCUGAAAUUUAGUCUGAAUGCUGAGGCUCAGUUGAGAUGGCCAUUAUUGAUUGGUUAUUGAUUUGAUUGAUCAGCUGACUGACUUUGACUGGAACAGAAGAAGUUUGAUUUGUUCAGUUCAAACUCUCACAACUUUAUUUCAUUGUUUAGAUGUUUUUCCCAGUUUCAUACAGGAUUAGCGUUUUUAUCUCACAUCCUUAUCUCCUACAUUCCUUCCUUACCUCCUUGUUUCCUCUCUCCUUACCUUUAUUAUUACUUCCCUCCCUCCGUCCUUUCCUAUCUGUCAGUUGUUGUUAUCUGUUCACCUGUCAGUCAGCUGAUAGUGUUUUAUUUUUUAUUGUUGUUGAACAGUCUCAGUAGACACACUGUGGUUGUUAAUGUAAAGCUGUUGUCAAUAAAGCUUCAGUGGAUUGAAUGUUAAUCCUUCAGAUUA